UUGAAAGCAUUUUAUUCCAAAAUGAUUCAUAUUACGUGUACAGCUCAUGGACUCCACCGAGUAGCAGAGGAAGUAAGGGGCAAAUUUAGUAAUGUCGACAAACUUAUUUCUAGUGUUAAGAAAAUAUUCCGAAAAGCACCAAACCGUGUUCAACUGUUCAAAGAUGAAGCUCCUCAUUUAAAUUUGCCACCGGAGCCUAUUAUAACACGUUGGAGUACGUGGAUCAUCGCCUCGAAUUACUAUUGUGAAAACAUUGAAAUCAUACGUAAAAUUCUCGAAAAACUAGACGCCGAUGAUGCUGUUAGCAUCAAAGAGGCCAAAAAAUAUAUUUCCAAAGCUGGUAUUGAAAGAGAUUUGGCCUACAUAAAGUCCAAUUUUACAAUUUUAACAGUUUCCAUUACCAAGUUGCAAAAACAAGGGCUACCAUUAGCUGAAGCUAUAAAUGUAUUUGAAAAUGUUGAAAAAGUUUUUGAAACCCUUCAAGGACCAAUUGGAAAAGCUGUUUUUAAUAAACUCAAUAACGUCACCCACAAAAAUGUCGGUCUUAAAAUUUUAAAAAAUAUUUCAAAUAUAUUAUCUGGUGUAACUAUGAACACAGAACUUGAACCUGGACUUCCUGAAGACUUUUCAACAGAUGAUCUCGUGUACUUUAAGUUUGCACCAAUUACGUCAGUGGACAUUGAGCGGUCGUUUUCAAUGUACAAGACUCUACUAAGUAACAAUCGAAGAUCAUUUCACUUUGAAAACUUGUACAAACAUCUAAUUAUUCAAUGUAACUUUCAAGAACAAUCGCAGAAUAAAUGAGUACCACAAGUCGUUUACCACAAUAAUUCCGAUGUUAUAUUAUUCAAUUUUUUUUUUUAAUAAUAAUAAUAAUUUUUUUUUUCGCAUAUUUUAGUAUUUUUAGUGC